UCUUACCUCAUCUCUCUGCUUUGCUCUGUUCACCUCAUUCCUUAUCCACUCGAACACUUCGUCCACUGACCAUUUCCCCCUCCUGUAACCCUCCUGCAAUGUCUUCCGCAGAUGCCCGCAAGGAGUCCGAGUUUGCUCUGGCCAAGCCCUACCUUGGGACUGGGGCGCUCAGCGCGUCAAGCCUCUUCGACGUCAAGGGAUGGGUCUGUGUAGUGACUGGCGGAGGUACAGGUCUUGGGCUCGUCACCGCAGCGGCGCUGGCUGAGAAUGGUGCAAAGGUGUAUAUAACUGGACGCCGUCUUGAAACGCUUGAGGCUGCUGCGAAGACUGCAGCACCAAAGGGCGGGUCCGGCAAGAUCAUCCCCAUCCAGGCCGACGCGGCGACCAAAGAGGGCGCGCAGAAGAUGCGUGACGCCGUCGCCAAGGAGGAAAAUUGGGUCAAUCUCCUUGUCAACAAUCACGGGGUGUCGAUACCUCAUGGCGAGCCCGACUCAACGGAUAACUCGCCCGAGGCUCUCAGCAAGGAGAUGUUCGAGAAUGAAACUUAUGAGCAUUGGCUCGACGCGUACCGCAUCAAUACCGCCAGCUACUAUUUCUCGACGUGGGCAUUUGUCCCACUUCUAUGCUCCGCGAAGACCAAGGGAGGCGCUCAGGAGGUCGGCAACGUCGUCAACAUCUCCAGCAUGUCAGGCAUCACACGCACGAGCCAGCGCGGACAGUUCUCGUACAACUGUAGCAAGGCGGCGACCAUCUCCUUGACGGACCAGCUAGCGUUUGAGUUAGCGCGCCGCGGCCUCAACAUCCGCGUCAACACCAUCUGCCCCGGCUACUUCCCUUCGGGAAUGUCAGUCUUUCCGCCAGACACGAUCGACAACCACGCCGCACACGCCAAGGAGUGGCGCGAGAAAUGGGGCGUGCCCUUCGGUCGCGCCGGAAAUGCGCGCGACUACGCGCAGUGCAUAUUCGGAGUUGUCACGAAUGCGUACCAGACUGGAGCACAUGUGGUCAUUGAUGGCGGCUGGCUUCUCGAGCAAGCGUUCUAGUGCGCCACUGAACGAAGCGCUCCCUCAUGCCAUCAACCGGGGGUGCUCUCCGGUGGCUCCUGGGCGCCAAUCAUUGCUCAUGAACGCGGCUCCGAGGGAGUGUAGGAUUCGAAGGAUGUGAAACGCAAGCCAAGCACUAUCAUGUGACGUGUACAGACCCUAGAUAUGAUAUGGAGAAGCUCUAGACAAA